AUGCAGAAAAAUGCGGGGGAGAUGUUCCAAAAUAUUCUGAAUGAAAUAAGACGCAACUCUCAAAACACAACCCAUAAUAACACCGCGAGCGGCUCAGGAACCGGAGGAGCCGGUGGUGGUGGUCCCCAACCGCCCCCGAACAAUGGAGCGGCCGGCCAGAAUAACCAAGAUCUACUGCUUACAUUUAGGAAACACAAACCACCCUCAUUUCAAGGAGGACAUGAUCUGAUCGUGGCUGUACAGUGGUUACAGGCCAUGGACAAAAUAUUCAGAGUGGUCCAAUGCACCGAUGAUCAAAAAGUGCUAUUCUCGGUGUACAUGUUGGAAGGAGACGCCCAUCAUUGGUGGGCUAAUGCGUCUCAACCUUUGGAGAUGCAAAAUGCGGCAAUUACUUGGGCUGUAUUUGAAGAAAUAUUCUUGGAGAAGUAUUUCCCGAUGUCAAUCUGGGACAGCAAGCAAGGUGAAUUCGACCGACUCGUACAAGGGAACAUGAUGGUGGACCAAUAUCACGCUAAAUUCAACGAACUACUCUGA